GGAACCUCGCGAUUAGCCUUGACGCCAGGCCAAGCAAAAUCUCUGUUGUUGUUUCAGCUUGGAUUAUUAUUCUUUUCCUCCCGGGGUAUUUGGCUUAAAGGUGUCAUACUGUGACCCACAUUAUGGGCGCCGCUUCGCGAGUGGUGGUUGCGCGAAAUUCGGCAUCGCUUCGUGGCAAGUCGACGGCGGUCGUCCUAUGGAGACGGCGGCACGCUGUCAUGGGAAUGUGGAAUUUCCACACUCCGUUAGAUGAGCGCUACACAAUGCCCACUCCUCGGCAAUGAUUCGCGGCGACUGUGUGGGCACGCCGAUCGAAGCUCGAGAGAACAAUGUGCGAAAGGGAGAAUAACAGUCUUGAUUUGAAGCUUUCGUGACUGCAGGAAUCCAUACUCUUUGAUUCUUUUCGUAAAGUCACGGAUUUUUCUACCUACGCGACUUUACCGAAAUAACCAAAGAGUAGGGAGAAUAAGCUCUGUUUUUUUUAUCUUUAUACUGUACGCAUCCAUGCGCCUGUUUCCAGCAGCAACAACAACAAAAAAACCACAUCACCGAUGUUGAUUUAGGUCAGAGUGAUUUAAAAAAUCAAACGCCGGAAGGCGAGGAAGCGGCGAACCAGAAAUCUCCCCCCCCCCCCCAAAAAAAAAAAGCACUCGGCACAGAGAACCACGGGCUCCCAGAGAGGCGAAGCGCCGGUCGGCAGACACCCCGGGACGAGAUGAGCAGAAGAAGGCCAUCGUCCUCGGUGUGAUCUCGCGGACCGCUCGCGCGCAAGAGCGCACGAGCGCGUAAUCUCACCAAAACACGAACGUCUCGUAUCCUCUGCUCGCGACAGGAAAAGAGUAGCGGCGAGGGGGGGGGCGGUUGUUUUGAAAAUCUGCCAGGCGGCGUGGCGGCGCCACGUCAUGUUGCCGGCCCACGGGAGACACCGAGGAGGAAGAGGGAGGAAGACGACGAGGAGGAAGACGACGACGAGGAGGAGGUGUCCACCUUGCAUCGCCGCCGCCGCCGCCGCCACUCUCCGCUCCUCACCGGCGACGCGCGCGUGAGGCCGUGGCGCGGAGCCACGCUGACGCGGAGUCCCGAUACAGCAUGCGGCAUGCCGCUCCUGAGCAGGAGCGUGCUCCUCUGCAGCCUGCUGGCGUGCGUGGCCCACACGGUCACCGCACGGGGCGGCCACGCGGUCACCGCGGCAGAAGCCACAGCGACAACGGCAGCAGUACGGGGCCAGACGGAGGCCAUAGCAUCAGCAGUAGCACCUGUACAAGGUCGCAUAGGAGCCACCGCAGAAGCAGCUGUAGCGACAGCAGAAGCACCACAGGGUCUGACAGAUGCCACUUUAGCGACAGCCGGAGUAGAAGCAACAGCAGCAGCAACAGCACAAGGUCACACAGAGGCCACGUCAGUGUUCACUACUGUCAACAUUCUCUCCUCUCCGAUUGGUCCAGGCGCGGCCCAACAGAUUACUAGGAAAAUUGCGCCUUCGUCACAACAAAGAGAAGCUUCCACACCGACGACUUUUACGACCGGAGCAACGAUCACCGAAGUGACUGUGCUGGGGGAAAGUCAAACGAGCGAGGCCUCCGGUGCGCGGCGACGCAGCAAGCCCGCUGACGUUUCACAAACGGACGCGAGCGGUUCUUCGAAUGGCGCAUCCACCCUCGCAAGCGACCCGGGUGAUCUUGCCGGUGCCGCAUCGAGCGCAACUGGAUCAGCGGGGUCGCCGUUGCUGCCGCGUUCCACUCCGAGAGAAAUUUCCAUCGGUACCCCCACGUCUGCGACCGACUUGUCCGCCCCGCCGCCUCUGACUGAGAGCAACGCGACCGUUUUCACCGCCGCCACUCACAGCGCGCCCGCUUUGCCCCGUUCACCCGCGGCCAGUGCGCACGACCCUGAGAGGGCUCGUCUAUCCGCGUCGUACUCUCCGACCGAAAUCGUGGAUACUGUGAGAGGCCGAACGAUCGCUUUCGGUCGGGAUCCGACUCGACAUUCAAAGGGUGAGCAGAGCCCCGACGUGACCAUCGCGACGCUGCCCAGGGUCGCGCAACCGCCCACGGCUUCGGGUGGAACGGAGGCCACGAGUAGCGGCGCGUUGUUGGUGUUGCAGAAGAUCACCAGGACACCGGUCGGUAGCGGGGGUGACAGAUUCACCGUCACUCCUGCAGUGAUUACGUCCGAAGCAAAUUUGGAAAAAACUGCGAUUCCAGUAAUCACGACUGCGCUGUAUGCAAGCCACUCACACUCGUACAAUAAAACUGCGAUGAUAACAGAAAUGACUGAAACAACAUCUACAGCGCCAAAUGAGAAAGAGCUGUUUGUAACGCACGGGCCUCUUGGCUUACCGACUGGCACGACAUCAACACAACAAAGUGGAAAGGAUGUCGACUCAACCAGUGUCGCAAAAUCUACAGCAGCUGUAGACACGUGGUGGCAGCAGAAUGUGUCUGUGGACGCCAGAGAUCAUCACACAUCGACACAGCCACAGACUCACAAAGAGACAGACCGGGUGAGCCACGGAAACAUUUCUGCUACUUUAACAACUUCAUCAAAUCACGAAAAGUUCACCCAAUCUACCACGGACAACCCAAGCCUCAUUUGGAGAGUCACAAAUGAGGUGCGGGAGACCGCGUCAGCCAAUUGGAGUCGCUCCACAGCUGCAUCAACACCGUUGGCUACAACGACAGAAGCAGAUGUGCGCGAUGAAGACAGAGCCACCUCCGUGCCUCCUUUCCACCGUGGGACAGCUGGGAGCACGUGGGGUUAUUUGAGUAGGACGGCUGCCACCGAGUCCACAGCCAAGAGCGUGAAUCCCUCACAAGCUGCUUCCACGUUGGCGGCGACACACGAGCCCUCUCCGGGCCAAGUUUUUCCCAGUUCGGCAUCAACGCAGAUUAUUGUCACCAAUACCACUUCGAGUUACGCCACCAGAACCGCGCCCACGAUUGGGACAAUGAAGGACCCACAAACCACACUCGGAGAUGGAGCAACUUCGAUGGCUACGUCUGCUCAGCAUGUCGGCAGCGAGUCCAGUAAAAGUUCUGGAUCGAGUGAAACGACUGCUUUAACAAAUUCGACCAUCGCGGCCACGCGAGCGCCACCCACAAACAACGAAACUGCCCCUCCAACGCACCUGUCAAUUGCCACGUCACCAGGACCCUGCUCACAACACAACUGCAAGAACGGAGGAACAUGUCGCAAGAACAAUGGCAGUGUGACCUGCCAAUGUGAGGACGGCUGGUCUGGCAUUGAUUGCAGCGAAGACGUCGACGAGUGCACGAAGAACCCGUGCCCCCUACCGUCAGCCGCCUGCUCCAACGCGCCGGGGUCGUUCGCGUGCAAGUGCCCGCCGGGCUACGAUGACAGCACGGGCGGGGGCUGCGUGCAAGUGAAGGUGUUUCCUGGCAUUAUGCGCACGAGACGACCAUUGUUCGAAAGGGGCUUCAACAACGGCACGACUUUUCCCAACAAGCGAACGCUCCUGCAGCUUGUCAGAGUGCUCAAUGAAUCUUUCAAGGACCUCCAUCAUUUUGUUAAAUCAGUUAUUAAUAUCACAAGGGCCGACGGCGCGACGGUGCGCGUGUCCAACCUCUUCGGCGCGUACUCGGCGGCAACGAGCGAGGGCGUCGCGGCGAGGAUCAACGGCUUCGUGAACGCCUGCCGCGGCGGGGCGAGCGCCUCCCCCGUCUGCUCCUUCGCGGUUCGGCACGGGCUGUCGUACGAAGCGGUGAGCCUCUGCGACGGUGACGCGUGCGACGCAAAAACCAGCGAGUGUGCUGACUCGGGCGGAUUCGUCAGGUGCACGUGUAAGACGGGGUACUUUAAGUUCAAGGACACGGACCGGACCUGCCGAGACUGCGGCAGUGGGUACUUCCUUCGGAACAAUGGAAGCUGCACGAGAUGCUCCUAUGGCUUUGGUGGUUUCAAUUGUGACGAUCCCUCACUCCUGGUGAUGGUGGCGAUGGCAGUCACCCUGUGCUGCCUGUUCCUGGCCAUGGUGUGGAUGGCGAAGAAGGCGUGUGGGAGGAGGAGGGCACGGGCUCGGAGGCUCGUGCCCAGCAGGGUGCAGCUCUCUCCCUACGCCGAUCUCCCGCCAGCGCCGCCGAGGGCUCACCGGGCACGGGCGAGGUGCGACAGCGUAGGGAGCCGCGUCAAACUCGCCCUGCAGCAGCAGAUCAGCAGCACGUCGUCUGAGCGUGCGUCGGAGGUCUGGCGUUACAGCGACAUGGAGAUGCACCGCAUGUCCAAGCUGGGUCGCUACAACCUCUCCUACGUCGGGGACGAGGCCGGAAUUCGUGACUACUUCUGACGAUCCCGGCCAUAACACCACCCAGCCCCCCCUCCACCCCUCCCCCUAUAUUGUUGUUGUUGUUAUUAUUUAAGCUUUUUUUUCGUUUGCCAAUGUAUUGAAGCUGGCUUCAAAGCAUUUGUCUCCCCCCACGGUGUAUUGUUUGUACGGUCGCUCUCUCGCUACGCGCCCUUUAACGUUCAUGCCUUGUUUAUGUUGAAGCAAAGCGAAGUGCAGAUGGACAAUAUUCACAGGGCGCCUGAGUGUAUUAAGCAAACGCUAUGCGGCAAAAGGGGCCUUAAAACUUCAGCAACCACGAUGCGUCUUCGGGUUGUACCGCGUUUUGUUCGGCAUCAUGUCCGACGUUUCGCUUCUUCAGCAAUUGAGCCGAGCUCAAAUUGACUUGACGAAAACACGUUAAAGAGAGCUAAACAGGAGGGCACAACCACACACACACACAGCCCCACGCACACUUCCCAGGGAUAGCUCUGAGAGGUGCGUGCUCCACUCGUACAUAGAACCGUCUCAGUGCUGUCGACGUCCAGAUGCUUGUACCUAAGUUGCGCACUCCACUACGGAGACAGCACCGACCUCACUUAGGCUGCACGGCUAAUCAUCAUCAUGAAGUUACCAUUUCACCGGCUGAAUGUUGAACGCACUCUGCCGCAAUAAUGCCGUUCUACAAAUAUUACAUUUUGCCGAUGUAUUAUACUCAAUCCAUGAUGAGCAGCGUUCAUUUUCCAUUGGCAGCUUUUGCAUAUAGUUUACGUUGAACUUCUUUCGCAACGUGCAUAGCCAGCCGCGCUUAUAGCGAAGCUCGCCCAAACAUGGGGGGAGCCGUUCCUGGUCUCACAAAUUCCGUCCCGAAUCAUUUGAAAAAGUCAGGAUUUUGUCACCGCUGAAAAAAUAAAUGUUCUGGCCUUUUAACCGACUCGCGAUGUGGGCAAAGGGCGAGGCCAUCGGAGCAACGACCAUGCCUCCUGGCAGCAGGUGUCAUCACGGUUGUUUAAUGUUUUAUAUAUAUAGCGUCCUUAAAACGAUUGUGUCACAAAACUGUCAAAUAAUUACCAAAUGUUACAUCACAGAAGGGGCUGAACCCCCCAUGUAAGGAACUCGUGAACAGGAGUAUUUUAAGUGCAAGAAAAUAACAAUUAAACGCAACAAGAACGUACUGUCUGAAAAUGUUGAGUAGGCGUUUGUAGUUUGAACCAGGUCGGACUCUCGGCUCAACUUCUGUAUUGGGCACGGCUAGAUAACGCGUGGGCGUGGCUAUGUAAAAGUGGGCGGGGUUUCAUAAAGGGGAAGGGCUCAACCACGUGCCACCGGUUGAACCUUCCCACGGGGUUUGGGUCGCUUUUUAGACGUGAACCAGCGGUGGAAUUGCACGUGAAACAUUGGCGGCUUCCUUUGCGCCCAUGACGUGUAUAACGUUACACUAAAUCGGUUUUGUUAGAAUGCCGCAACCUUUUACAGUUACUUUGUUUUUUCUGGUCCGGUGGAGUGAAAGCCUGCGGCCUUGCCAAAGAUACGCCCCGCGUGCGUAGAUUCAAGUCUGGAUCAAGAAAUGUGAAUGGCAAAUUAAAAGGCAACUUUCAAAGUACAGUAUUAAAUUCAAGGUUUUAGUUUACUUGAGAAUACUGAGUACAUGGAUAGAAAUACAAUAGACAUAGAGAUAAAGUACACAAUACAGUUUAACCAUAAUUUACAGCCCUUAAUCCUCGAGUGGAUGAAGACCUCCACGUGCCAUUAGUCAGGGGGGGUUUUAUACUCAUACUUCACCAAAUUGUUCAGUGCUGUUAGGUGAAGAGGCAGGCCAAGAGUAGUUAAGAAAUCAUUCGCCACAUCACCUUGGCCGGCAAUCAAUUCCGGUCACUGGUUUUAUAGCGUAGUGCGAUACUCUGCGACCACUUCACCAGAUGGAUGUAGGGCAGUUAAGAUGUGGAUCUUAGCACCUCGCAUCAUCUUCUCUUAGGUUCCAACAUUAAUUAUUUUGGUUAAUGUAGAAAAUGUGUGGGUUUAUAUCCAUACAAUUACUGGAAUUCUAAUAUCCCCUCGAAGGGAUCUCUCUAGUGGAGGCUCUUUCACUCCAGCAGUAGCGUGUGCCAGCACUUGCAGGGCUGCGCCUCUACCCCGUAGUCCCAACAGUAUCUGAGUAUUCUAGAUUUGAAGCUUUCGUGACUGCAAGGAUUCAUACUUUUUGUUUUUUUUUCGGUAAAGUCACGUAGGUAAAAUAAAAUAGAACAAUUAAAUCACGACGUUUCGGAAGCAACACAAGCUUCCGUCUUCAGGUGGAACAGUCACAGCAGAAUAUCUGUGUCAAGUGCACAGUUCCGAGACGACUUGGAUUAUAUAUAGGUCAGAGGGGGGGAGGAACCAGAAAGGGACGUGGGUGGGUGGGAGGGCUGAGUUAAGUCGCCUUUUGUUAAACUGCACAAAAGCGGGUAAACAACCCUUUUGGUUUUCUGGCGGCGGGGUUUUUUUUCCGGGGGGAGGCGAUGCAAGACAUCAAGUACAGGCCAAUUUUUUUUAAACCUAAAAUGGAAACUACGAAAAUUUCUGUAAAAUUAUAAGGUAGCUGAAGUCUGACAUACAACCACUGAGAAGUGGAAAUGGCUGUACAAUUAAAAGGCAGCUAACGUUUGACUUGAUUUAUAACAUCUUUCCAGUGAAAUUUUGAUUUAAAGCUUUCGUGACUGCAGUAAUUCAUAUUCCAGUGGUUGCUCAAUUUGAAACCAUCCUCUCGGUUGAAGUUGUGUCUAUGUUUGUAUAUCUGGAUGGCCUCAUGGACAAAUCUUUGGUGAUAACCGGGAGGUUACACGGCAGAACGAAUUCUUCAGCCGUGGCUGAUCAUUGCUUCAACACAGCGGGUUCUCAUGACAUUGUGUUCUCUGAUACAAAAUGACUCUGCAAACCACUUGACAGAGAUAUUCUGCUGUGACUGUUCAACCUAAAGAUGGAAGAUUGUGUUGCCUCCGAAACGUCGUGAUUUAAUUGUUCUAUUUUAUUUUACCUACGUGACUUUACCGAAAAAAACAAAAAGUAGUAUCUGAGUACAAGAAAGUUUGACUUGUAAAUGUGGCAUCGACAGCAAUGAUCGAGUGACCAAGCUCUCCGUGAUGUGUUCAAUGUCGUGCAAGUAGUAUUUUAUUUAUUUGGGGACAAAACUUGGUGCAUUUUUGGUUGUAUAUACUCCACGGUAAUUCGAAGAAUAAAAUACACUUUGCAUUACCA